UGUUCCAAUAAAGUGUACAUGACUACAACAACAAACAGUGUAUUGAAUGCAAUGCAAAGAGAGCUUGAGUGCUCAGUUUGCAUGUCUCUCAUGAAGCAACCUAUGUCUAUAUCAUGUGCUCAUAUGUUUUGUAAACAAUGCAUAGAAACUAAAAUGCAGCAAAAAGCGACAUGUCCACUUUGCAAUCACCUUAUAAAACAUCUUCAUCCAAUGCCCAAUAUACAAAUUAUAAUCGAUGAGUUUAUGAAAUUAAAGCAAGAAUAUCAAGUAGACGAUCCUUUUAUAGAUCCAGCCUCAUUAUCAACAGAAGAAGACAAAACAUUAGUCACAUCCUUGGAUAUUAAAAAAGCUCAAGCUAGGGCUGCUCUACAAGCACAAGAAAACUCUCUGCCAAUACAAGAGAAAGAAUGUAGGAUAUUGAAAAAGGGGCAUAAGCUAGAGUUGAAUAUCCCGAACAUGACCUUUGUAGACAAAAUGAACACAGAAGUAACUCAUAUCGUAUUACCAGCAGACAAGCAUAACAUUGUGGAUCGCAGUCUAACUUAUUAUCUGGGUAUCUUGUAUGGUUGUUUUAUCGUCAAUGAACAAUGGUUAGAGAACUGUAUAAAGAGAGGUCAUAUUAUUCCAGAAAGUAGGUAUGAAAUUAGUGGGGAUCGAGAUAUGGGACGAACAGGUGCUCCUGAAAAGGCCAGAAAGAAUAAAGAAGCCAAGAAACCAAACCUGUUUAGAGGCCUCAAAGUGUGUAUAAUAGAUGACGAUCUACAGAGACAAGUGGAAAAAUGCGUUUUAGCAGGCGGAGGUAUUGUUGAAGACUCAUGCCAGGACGUGAUUGUUUGUAGCGAUGAUCCUGAAUCCAAAAGACAGGAAUUAAAGGAUCUGUUUACACAUCGAACUUUAUUAUUGAAAAGUUGGAUAUUUGAUUCUAUUUGUAAUUUUGAGCUGCUAAAAAAAGACGACUAUUACUUAUAAAAAAUAAACAUGAUGCAACCUUAAAAAAGCGACACACUCAGCACCACAGUGAUGAUGUAUACCCAAGGACCAAACUUACUUCAAUCUACAGCAGCCUGCAAUCCAUCCGUGAGGCUUUUUUUUUUGUUUGUUGUUGUUCACGAAAUUGAACACAAGAAAUUGUCACGCCAUCAAGCCUCCAAACGCACUGUUCAGUUGGUGGAUGAUGGUGCAGACAGUCCUAUGAAUAAAACCAUCCUCUCGGUUCGAAAUUUGUAAGCUUAGAGAAUUUGUGAAAGAAAGGCGCACGAGAUAUCAUUUGACCAACAUUACAUGC